AUGAGCUUCAUCAGUUGGAACUCACGUGGGCUUGGGAACCCACGAGGAGUUCGAGUACUUCAAGGCAUGGUUCGAAGGGAAGAUCCCACAAUCCUGUUUCUACAAGAGACAAGAUUGAGUGCCAUCAGAAUGGAGAAAAUUAAGUAUAUCUUAGGCUUUCCAAACUGUUUAGCAGUGAGUAAUGACAGAGGAGGGGGAGGUAUUGCUCUUUUAUGGAAAAACAUCAUUGUUCUUAAGAUUAUCCAAUAUUCAAAGUCUCAUAUCCACACUGAAAUUAAAUUGCAAGGGGAAAGGGAAGUUGUCUGGUACUUGACUGGAGUGUAUGGUCACCCAGAAGCUGCAAGAAGACACGAUACAUGGUCUUUAAUAAAGUCCCUCAUAGUACCAACAGGUUGUGCUUGGCUUUUAAUGGGGGAUUUUAAUGAAAUUUUGCACAUGGGGGAGAAGAGGGGAGGAAGAUGCAGACCUGAGUGGCAGAUGGAGGACUUUAGUGACAUGCUUGUUGAGUGUAGACUAUUGGAUUUGGGGUUCUGUGGACCCCAAUUCACAUGGUGGAAUGGGAGACAGAAAGAACACAGUGUGUCCGAAAGGUUAGAUAGAUUCUGUGCUAAUCAAGAGUGGAGCUCCCUAUUUGCUAUGUGGCAUGUUGUUCAUAUGCCAAUUGCCUACUCAGACCACCUUACUGUUAUUUUGAAACCCCAAGCCUAUCCCAGUCUAAGUAGUAGAGGGCCUGGAUUCAGGUUUAAGGCCAUGUGGACUGAGACAGAAGGAUGCAAGCAGAUUCUUCUUUACCAUUUCAAGGGACUGAGAGAACACCUUCUGAAUGGUCCACCCAAAAUAAACGUCGGUUUCUCUCCGAGCUAA